AUGGCCUCCGAGCAGCAAAUGAAGAAUCCCCUAUUGGUGGGCAGAGCUAUCCGUGCUCAGCUCGAACAUGAAGUCCCUCGUGAUCUACCUCUCGAGAGGGAUUUCCGCGAAGGCACAGAUUAUACCAUCACCGACCACGUACAGGACCUCCAUUCCAAACUCACUAAAGAGCCCCGUACCCUCGAACUAUUCAGGUCCUUGGUCACCCAUCUGCACGCCUUCGCGCGGGAGACUCUUCCCACUCACGACGAAUGGACCAAGACCAUCAAGUUCCUCACGCGCUGCGGCAAGGAGAGCAACGAAUACAAGAACGAGUUCAUCCUCCUCAGCGAUACGCUCGGCUUCAGUGCACUCAUCGACGAGCUGAACCACCCAAAGCCUCCAGGAGCUACAGAGAGUUGCGAGGAGGGGCCAUUCUGGACGGAGGAUAUGCCAGAAGUGCCGUCAGGCUCGACGAUUGCUACCCCAGAUACCACUGGCGAGAACUUGUUCUUCGCCGCUACUAUCAAGAACACCAAGGGCGAAGGCAUCAAGGGCGCAACCAUCGAUGUGUGGCAAGCUGAUGGUGAUGGUGUUUAUGAUGUCCAAGAGAUUGAGAAGCAGGGCACGAACGACCGUGCUCGCAUUCACGCGGAAGAUAGUGGAUACUUCAGCUACCGUGGAAUCCUGCCAACUGCGUACCCCAUCCCAAGCGACGGUCCCGUGGGUGAAAUGCUCCAUCUUCUAGGACGACACCCCCAUCGGUCAUCGCAUCUCCACUUCCUGCUGAAGGCGCCAGGCUAUGACGAGCUGACGACCGCCCUCUACCCGGCACACUCGCCCUUCCUCGGCACAGACCCCGUCUUCGCGACGAAGAAGUCUCUCAUCUGCGACGUCAAGCCCGAGACCGACCCGAAGCGCUGGGCCGAGAUGGGCUACAAGCGAGAUGAGGUCCGCAACGGGCGCGUCUGGGUAUGGAAGUACGACUUCGUGCUGGCCAGCCAGGACGAGGUGCGCGAGCUCAAGGAACUGCAGCGGAAGAAUCCGAAGACAAAGCUGUAG